UUCUCUCCUCUCUCCCCCUUUCACCAAAACCCCGCGUUUCAAAAACACAAAUUCCUUUUCUUAUCUUCAAUUUCUAGGGUUUGCGUUUUUACAAUUUUUCUGCUAGAUUUUGUACUUCAAAAUCAGAACUUGGAAUAUUAGGGGUUUUUGUGUAGUGCUUUCUCUUAUCAUACGCUAAUUAGGGUUUUUUGAGAGUACAGAAAUGGAUAUCCAUCAAGAUCUUGACGAUUACAUCAAAGAAUCAAUCGAUUAUACUCUAGGUUUACCUGUAUCAGAAAGAACAUUAGAAAAAAAACUACUUGCUUCUGAAGAUGCAAGAAAACGACUUCAAGAUCAGUACUUUGUUUUAUAUUCUCGGUUGAAAGAGAAAGACGAAUUAAUUGAAAGAUCCAAGUCUGAAGCGUGUAUGAGUAAUCAAGCUGUGAAGAGAUUUGUUGAGGCGAAUCAGAAAUUGGCUCUUGAAUGUAAAAAUCUUCUUUCUCAAUGUUCAAAAUUGGAAAUAGAAUGUUCAUUGUAUGACCAUGAUCGAGAGGCUUUAAUGGAGUUUGGUAACGAAGCUGAUGAACGGGCUAAAGAAGCUGAGAUUCGUGUUGUUGAAGUUGAAAACGACUUGAAAAUACUCUCUGAACAACUUGAUUUCUAUAAACAUCAAUGUGAUGUUCGCAUGGUGAAUGAAAGAAAGGCUACUGAAGAAUUGAUAUCGUUAAGACAGAGGGUCGCGGAGCUUGUACGUUUACGGUCGCUUGAGUCGCAGGAUAAUAAGGUUGCUUGUAACAAAUGUUCCUCAUUCAAGACGGUGAAUGGAAAUUCCCCUCUACAGAUGUCAGACGAUUCAGACGUAAUGAAUGUUGAUUCUUCUGCAUUUAGCACCAACUUGGAAGCACAUCUGCUGGACUCUCUAAUAGUUUCAAUAACUGAUAAAGAUGAAGCUGCGGCAAAUGCACACGCUUUUCUAGAGGCGAAUAGUGGAGUUGAAUCAUGUCAAGGUUUACUCAAAAUAUGGGACAGCUUGAGUCCAGCAACUCAAAAUGUCAUAGCUUUGGCUUCUGAGAUUAGAGCGUUGCAAACCGACAAAGAGCAUCUUACAACUAACCUUGUCAGAGCUGAGGAGGAGGUGAAAGCAUUGUUUGAAGAAAAUACUAUCUUGGAUGAGGAGAAUAAAAGGUUGUUGAGGCAAUACAACAGAGAAAGGCAUCAUCAAGGAUCAGGAGACAAACAUACCAGCAGUGCAUCAACAAAGGGAAAAAAGCGUCGUUCGAGCCCCAAAACAUGCAGUAUAAUUGAGAGGAAAAUUGAUUUUGAGCAAGAUUUACCAAGACAUCCUCUAUCUCCUAUUCAGUACAACUCACCAAAUUCCAGAGUUUAUAACAAUUAAAGGAAGGGAGGUCACCACCAGUAGAGGAUUUUCUAUCCUUUUCUUCUUUUGUGCUUGUAUCAAAGAUUACGUUACCGUCUUCUGGUAACAUACAUCUGUUGUUUGACUUAUUAAACACUGGGAAUCGGCAUUACCUCAAAACCUUCAUUUUCUAUGUUUGUACAAAAACAUUUAUGAAAGGUUCCUGAAAAUUAGUGCAUACACAAUAUAUAUAGGAAGUCUGAAUUCCAUUUCUUAUUUUCUUA